CCUUCACCUGUGCUCGUGGAAGGACUCAGUACAACGCCUGGCGGCGACAAUGGAGUCAACAGUGAAAUGCUACAAGGGAUUAUUAACGUCGAACGAGCGCUUUCCGGCGCAGACUAGACGUCAUUCACUCGACAGAGCCUCGCGGCUGCCUAGUACCUCGUGCUAGUAAUACGCCCCCGUGGCCUCCACAACAAUGCUCAACUGCGCACCUUCGUGCAACUGCGUCGUGUUGAUCUAGAUCGAUCGGCUAGUUGUAGCUAUCAUUUCUAGGUCGCACACAUUCGACCCCACUACCCUCUAAGUCCACCAGAAAGUUGUUCCUGAGCGACAGCCUCUAGCUCUGUCGCCCAAUAUCCGCACGCUGCUGGUUGCGAGCUCCAGCUUACUCACAGCCAGACAUUCUAUGCCGAGCCAGAACCCCAUCUACACCACCAGCUCAUUUCAAAGGUCCCAUUCAGGUCUCAGGAAAUGGUUCUAGAGACCGUUCCACGCGGUUGUAGGGAAGGACGAUCAAACACACCAGGUGAUCUGGUAGUCAAAGGACUUCUGAGCUUACCACCAGAGAUACUGGAGAUAGUGUAUCAUCAUCUCGACAGCAUCGAAGAUGUGCAUAGCUUUGGCCGCACCCAUAGCAAGAUGUAUGAUGUCGUCAAACGGCAGACAAUCUACACCGAGAUAAUGCGAUCGAUUAUAGGACGAUCGUGGGCCCAUCGAUAUGAUUUGCAACUAUGUCGCGUUCUCAAGCUUCACGAAGAAGUUGUCAGACAUUUCCAAGAAGGUGGCAAACCAUUUCCGGUAUCUUACAGCCAGGGAGGACCAAGCUACAACGAAUGGGAGACGAAGCUCGCAAGCGCGACUACUGUACCAGAAUGCGCCUAUGGUCCAUGUGCAACGUGCAUGCCAGACGGCCUAGUUUACGAGAUUCUUGCGCGGUAUCAAGGUAUGCGAGUGCUCGAACACAUGUGGCUUGAAAGACAGCUGCAAGAGGAAGACUUUCUGUCAGCCGGCCCAACGACAAGUGACCAGGACUUGGUGCGGCAGUAUACUUAUCUUCUUGAUCGAGCGCAAGAGUUCAAGCAAGGCAAAUUCUCAGCCCGAAGCAGCGAAGACCCUGCAACAUUGAAUCACACAAAGCUCAACCCGGACCAAAGAGGGAGAUUCUACUCAGCCAUCACGUUCGUUUGGGUUCUGAACGAACUUCGCUGGGUCUUGACAAACUUCAUAUUCCCUUCACGGAGCACUCGUCUCAACGAUAUACUUGAUCGAUGCAGAGCAGACCUGACAAAUCGAUGUCAUAACCCUCUGCUAGAUCAGUUAGACCAACAUGCUGUCUUCACCUUCAUGUACCAUCAUUUGCUACCUCUACACAGCCCCGUGCUACAAGACCAAAACUCAUCAAAGCUUCCGCUUACUCUCAAUACUGACUGGAUGACUGACGGUGCACAGUCUGCGAGAUUCCUGCAGCUCUUCCUCUUAGCCGGCCAAACCUAUUUCCAGCCACCAGACCUUGUCGAUCUUGCCAUUCGUCACAAAGUGUCCCGAUCGGCUCCAUAUCCUGAGGUGACAUUGCCAGCGACGACCACGCACUGGAUUCGCCCUUCAAAUAGCUUCGCCUUCCCUGCAAAUAUUGCCCCUAGUGACUACAAGGGUAGACUUUCACGGUUGUUUGACACGCACGUUUCUCUCAUCAAUCGCUCUUGUUUCGCCCAAGCGCGGGCAGACAAUGUCAGCCACGUACCUUACCGCAUCGCACCGACAUCGUCCAACGUUACCGGCCUUGCAAGUCGUUAUUAUGUUGACUCUAUGGUGGCUGCCGUAGAAUGGGGCCAGAGCUAUGACAAAGACGCAAAGCCAGCCCGAGAAAUUUUUGCCGGAGAGUGGCAGCGGAGGGCAAUGUGGAGCGUGUGGUGGUGGGCAAAUAGCGAGGACAAGGCGCGAGCAAUAAUGGCGAGGUGGAGGUAGACUCCAAACGAUUCUAGACGGAGGACAUCAGUGAUAGGGUGUCCCAAAGACGAGAGUUGAGGCGUUCAGCGAGUUCCACUCGAAUCACGGACUUGGACAGCCAUUGAAGAUUGAUAGUUCAGUACCCAAUUGCAAUCCAUCCAAACUCUCCACAUCUAAUGUUCAAACGUCACACAGCAACAAGCUUCCUGGAGUGGGCUCUGUACUAUAGAUCAGGUGUGAUGGGCCCCCGCAAUACACACGAAGCUACCUCAGGGUCUUUGCAAAAGGCGGGGAUGCAAUUUGUCGAGCCGUUGAUGAAGCCGAUGAAGCCGAUGAAGAUUGCACGUAGAUCGAACGAUAUUGAUUGAACUCGGCACGGCUUGAUGACGCUAAUUGAGGAAUAUAAGGGACGCCUCUCCAGGCCCAUAUGCAGAGUUAAGUGCGCCGAAAGCAUGUGCUCUUU